CGUUCCACUCCGCUCCAACAGCCUCUCAUUCUGCCUCCUCUCUCGCUCCUUGCCAUACCUCUACCACAUGAGCAACAUUGGGAUAACACAUGUAUUUGUACGUUUCCCCCCCCCGGUUGUUGCACUUUAAACGUGGGUGUAGGAAUGAAAAGUUUUUGACAGCUUCUUUCCUGGAGUGACAGACUACCACACCUUCCUGGAGGUUUAGCACCCGCCACACCACAGUGAACUACAUUGGCCGCUACCUGUCACCUGUUUGAAGUGUUGGUCGUGCUGCUUUUAUAACGCGUUGUGACCGGAGCGCUUUCCCCCGGUUUCACCUCACUGAGCCCGGGCAUCAUGAGAACCUGGAGGCGGCGGAAGAACUUUGCCUUUGUGCUCUUCGCUCUCCACGUCUGGUGCCUGUCCACGGCGACGGAAUAUACUGACAGCAAGCUUAACAACACACAGGAGGAAAGUAGUCCAGACAAGGCUAAACAGCGAGGGGAAGCAGCCAGACCAGAGCGCUAUGGGACCACGGUACCUCUGCUGCUGAAGGGCGAGGAUCGCAGACCUUUCUUCCAGCGCACCACCGGGAGCUAUCCUGCGUCACUCCAGCUGCUGGUUCAUGCAGAAGGUGAACAGCUGAUCCUGUUGCUGCAGAAAAAUGAGGGUCUAUUUACAAGCCAUUACACUGAGACACAUUACCGGGAGGAUGGAAGAGCAGUCACCGGUGCUCACAACUUCACGAAUAACUGCUAUUACCAUGGGGAAGUGCAGACACAUCCAAACUCUGAUGUCACCCUCAGCACCUGCUCAGGCCUUCGGGGCUUCAUCGCACUUGAAAACAAGACAUUUAUCAUUGAGCCAAAGCCUGGACAUGACCCUAACGGUGCUCACUUCAUCUACCGAGUGGAAGAGCUCGCACUGACCCAAGGAGCCUGCGGCCACGGCUUCAACAUGUCCUCUGUUGCCCCUGAAAACCACAUCAAAAGCCCCUUUCAAUCCUUCCACACGAGGCAUAAAAGGCAUACUCAGAAGACAACCAAGUACGUUGAGCUGAUCAUUGUUGCAGACAACAGAGAGUUUCAGAAACAGGGGAGGGACGUUGAGAAGGUGAAACAGAGACUGGCAGAGAUAGCCAAUUACGUGGACAAGUUCUACAGAGCCCUGAACAUCCGGGUGGCCCUGGUGGGUCUGGAGGUGUGGAGUGACUCUGAUAAAUGCCCCGUCACCCAGGAUCCCUUCAACACCCUGCACGAGUUCCUGGAUUGGAGGAAAGUCAAACUGCUGCCCCAGAAACCUCACGACAACGCUCAGCUCAUCAGCGGGGUUUACUUCCAGGGCACCACCAUUGGCAUGGCGCCCAUCAUGAGCAUGUGCACGGCUGAGCAGUCUGGAGGCAUUGUCAUGGAUCACUCUGAGAACCCGCUGGGUGCAGCCGUGACUUUGGCACACGAGCUUGGACACAAUUUUGGGAUGAACCACGACACGCCAGAGCGCGGCUGUGGCUGCAGGAUGACCGUUGACCGCGGGGGCUGCAUCAUGACCCCCUCCACAGGGCAUCCUUUUCCAACGGUGUUCAGUACAUGCAGUAAGAAAGACCUUGCUGCCAGUCUGGAGAAAGGCGUGGGCAUGUGUCUGGACAACAUGCCCGAGGUCAAGGUCCUCUACGGUGGACAAAAGUGUGGCAACGGCUACGUGGAGGAGGGAGAAGAGUGCGACUGUGGGGAGCCGGAGGAAUGUAUGAACCCAUGCUGCAACGCCACCACGUGCACCCUCAAGGGAGACGCCGUGUGCGCCCACGGACAGUGCUGUGAAGACUGCAGGCUGAAACCGGCUGGCACCAUGUGUCGAGAGUCCAGUAACUCCUGUGACCUGCCAGAGUUCUGUACCGGUGCCAACCCUCACUGUCCAGCCAACGUCUAUCUGCAUGACGGGCACGCCUGCUACAGCGUUGAAGGCUACUGCUACAACGGCAUCUGCCAGACGCAUGAGCAGCAAUGCAUCACCCUGUGGGGACCAGGAGCCAAACCUGCCCCUGGGAUUUGCUUCCAGCGAGUCAACUCUGCAGGAGAUCCUUACGGGAAUUGUGGGAAGGAUUCCAAAGGCUCCUUUGCCAAAUGUGAUGCGAGGGAUGCAAAGUGUGGAAAGAUUCAGUGCCAGGGAGGAGCCAACCGGCCAGUGAUCGGAACAAAUGCUGUUUCUAUUGAAACAAAUAUCCCGCUACAAGAAGGAGGCCGAAUUCUGUGUCGAGGAACGCAUGUGUAUCUGGGCGAUGACAUGCCUGACCCUGGGCUGGUGCUGGCUGGCACGAAGUGUGGAGACGGCAUGGUGUGCCUGAAUCGCCAGUGUCAGAAUGUCAGUGUCUUCGGUGUGCACGAGUGCUCUGGGAAGUGCAAUGGACGUGGGGUGUGCAACAACAAGAUGAACUGUCACUGUGAAGCACACUGGGCGCCUCCGUUCUGCGACAACGGCGGCUUCGGUGGGAGCAUCGACAGCGGCCCGAUGAGAGUGGCAGCUGAUAGUGUGGUCAUUACUGUGGCAAUCCUGGUGACCCUGAUCAGCCUGCUGGUCACCACCCUCAUCAUCUUCAUUAAGAGGAAGGCUCUGCUGCGGCUCCUCUUCAACAAUAAGAAGAGCACCUUGGAGAAACUCAGAUCUUUGGAGGCCUGCAGGCCCACCAGCCCCAUGAGGACUCAGUCCAUGUACAGACCCACCCCAAAACGCAAGCCUCCACCCAAACCCUGUGCAGCCAACAUUUAUAAGCCGUCUCUCCUGAGUGCGGAGCCUCUCCUUCACCCCCACAGCUUCCACUCCCACAGCCUGCGCAGACUGCCCCUCUACCAGCCGCUGCACAUCAGCCAGCCCAUGCCGGUGUCUCUGAGCGUGGGCCAUCCCAUCCUGCCUCCUCUGCCGGCCUACCACAGGGUCCUGCCCGCCCACACGCCCCUCUCUCCCCCCCGAGUGACACCUUUCCUCAGCCUGCCACGCCAGCAGCCGUCCUGCAGAGCAGACCAGGACUACAUGAAGCCGAGUCCUCCCCAGAAGCCCCUGCCUGCAGACCCUCUAGGGAGGAGCUCUCGGCUGGGUCACGGUGCCACAUCGGGGGUCUACUUCCCAGCCAAUCGCCCGCUCCCCAUCCCCAUCCCCACGGUGCCCAGGCCCCCGCCCAACAUCCCUCUACCCAGCAGACCUGUGCCGAUGUUGCCCUACAGACCACCAAAGACAUAAGGACUGCAGCCCUCUUUACGUCAUGGACUCCGACAGACGGAGACUUUCUUGAUUUGCACUAAAUACUGAGACUCUGUAGGACC